AUGGCCGACGAAAAGCGGCCAUCAAUCAUCGACACACGGCACUAUCCCGAUAAUCUCGCGGUCUCGAGCAGUGAUAACGACGAAAGGAAGACGCCGCAACGGGACGGUCGCACAGCAUUCUUCCAAAGCUUCCCGCGCAGUCUAGGCCAGCGGCCAUUGAUCGACUAUGUGAAGAACACCUGGGGUUCUUCUCGCUCGCGGCCGCGUGCCAAUUCGGCUUCCUCGUCACGGUCAUCGUCUGGGAAACCCUUGCGAUUUUUCCUUUCAAUGAUAUCGGCUCCCAAGUUCCGACGGUAUGUUCUCGUCUAUAUCGCCCUUGUCGCGUCCUUUUACAUCGGAUGGUCUUCGUUUUUGCAACCAAUCCUCGAAGAAAGGGCAGGGCUAGUCAGAGCCCUGGACCUCGAAACAAUGAAGCAAGUCGGCGGUUGGUUUGGGACAAACACGCGACCCGUUUUCGCCGACAUUGUGCCCAUAAGAAGUCUUGACCCAGUGCUGGUACCAGCGUCGAAAGAAGGAGACUCAGGUGACGUUCAGCAGCGAAGACUCGUCUUUGUUGGCGACGUUCACGGAUGCAAAGACGAACUGGAACGCCUUUUGAAAGAGGUGUCUUUCGACGCCGAAGCUGGAGACCACCUUGUCUUUACUGGCGACAUGAUCCACAAAGGACCCGACAGCGUCGGUGUCGUAGAACUCGCGCGCGGAUUAAAAGCUUCCUGCGUACGUGGAAACCAUGAGGAUCGCAUUCUCCUUUUGCGGUCCCAAAUGAAAGUCGACGGCACUUUCAGUCACCCUGAAAAUGAUUUCAAUCCAAAUGACGCCUCUCAGCGCAAAGUCGCCAGAGAACUGAGCGACGAGCAGGCUUCUUGGCUGCAGGACUGCCCAGUUAUUCUCAAAGUCGGGCAGGUCGGCGGCAUAGGCGAUGUCCUCGUCGUUCACGGUGGAGUGGUCCCGGGCGUUGGCCUUGAGCGACAGGAUCUGUCGAGUGUCAUGACCAUGCGGACCAUCGACUUGGACACUCAUGUUCCGAGUGCAAGCAAAAAGGACGGCGUGCCGUGGUUCAAACUGUACAAUAAGUACCAGGAACUGUUGUCCCAACACAUUGAGAAUUCAGUAGACGGACUCUACGGUUCUCUGUCUGGCACGACAACCGUUAUAUACGGCCAUGACGCGGUCAAAUCUUUGAACAUACAAAAGUACACCAAAGGACUUGACUCGGGGUGCGUCUACGGCCGCAAGCUGAGCGCGCUCGUCGUUGAGAAUGGUGGGAAGCAAGAAGUUGUACAAGUGAAGUGCAAGAAACACGCAAAAUCGUAA